GAAAUUUUCACUUCAGAAAUAUUCAGUUUUCUGAAAGUUAAAAAAUAAACAAAGUUGAUGGGGACACGUUUGUUUAGGUAUAUCGUGAAAAGGGACAACUCUUGAAAUAAUUAUCACCUCCUGAUGGGGAAAAAAGACACGAAUUUGGAAGGGUUUAUUCUUCUUCAUUUUAUAAUAUUCCCGUGUUUCAUUCAACGGGAAUUACCAUUCUGAUAGAACUUUUUUCCUCAAAAUUUUCAAUUCUUAAAAAUGUUUGCCUAUCAAAUCCAGGUUCUUUCCCUUCUCCAUAAGGUAUUAAUGACUAUUCCGAAAUUCCCCCACGAAAGACUUUACAUUUGCUUGUAUAAACCAACAAAGACAGAGAAUAUAAAGCAUAAAAAUGAAAGACUGGAAUCGAACCGGAAGUAGAAUAACUUAACAGGAAGUAAAAGAAAGUAACCGGAAGUAGUACUAAGCUCCAUUUGUAUACAAAUGUUAUUCGUUUCCUGUUGAAAGCCAAACUUUCUUGGGAAACUAAUUCCGUAAUAUGUCUGCAGCACAUCGAAAUGCUCUCAAGCGAAGUGUGUUCAUGGCGAAAAACAUAAAAUCGGUUCGAUCUGUAACCUUCGAUUAUUUUUUGAUUCUUGACUUUGAAGCUACAUGUGACAACACAAGAAAAAUGCAUCCCCAGGAAAUCAUAGAAUUCCCUGUUUUGAAAUUGAAUUCUAAAACACUUGAGACUGAAGCCAAAUUCCACAGAUACAUUAAACCUCAAGUCAACCCUAUUUUGACGCCUUUCUGCACUGAGCUGACUGGAAUCAUACAAGAUAUGGUCAGUAACGAGGCAUCUCUCAGUGAGGUUCUUAAGGAUUUUGACCAAUGGAUGAUCGAUAAUCAUUUACUGCAGUCUGAUAACAGUUUUGUUUUUGUCACUUGUGGUGAUUGGGAUCUAAAAAUGAUGUCACUGCUUGGAAUCAAACUCGGAAUCUUGGGGCUUCCAGAUCAGUGCAACCAUUUCAAUCUUGAACGAAAAAGCUAUUUCUCAAACUGGAUUAAUAUCAAAAAGAUUUUUGCUCAUUCUACGUCCAAAUGGCCUCGAGGUCUUUUGAGUAUGCUGGAACAUUAUAGGCUGCCACAUAUUGGACACCACCAUAGUGGAAUUGAUGACUGCUUGAAUAUUGCCAACAUCUUCCGCAAGUUAAUGAAUAAUGGUUAUCAAAUCCAAAGAACCGAUAUCUCACAUUACCAAAGAACACGACCAUCCCAACAGUGACUGAAACAUCAUCAGAAGCUGAUAGAUUCUUUAAAAUGUCUUUCAUAAGAGGUUUUUUCCUAAAUAUUUAACAGAAAAGCCAUCGGUUGUAUAGUUUUUGACAAACUACUUUUUUUUUUUUUAGAAAAUAUUGUGAGUGAUCUUCUCAGUCGUAGCCAUUUACGAAAGUUGAGGGAAUCGAGGGUUCAAUACCCCUUGCCGUAUGUAGUUAUGUCCCUUUAGGCUCUGAGUUCAAAUUCUGCUGAAGUUUGUUUUUUACUUGUCCUCUUUGAAUGGUUGGUAAAAUAAAUACCAGUAAACAACUGAGUUUGAUCGAAUGUACAUUCCCCCACCCCUGGCCAUGUGUCAAUAUUGGAAAUCAGUUAUGGCCGUGUGGUUAAGAAGUUCACUGCAGGACACAACCCCAAUGUGCAAUGCCUUUGGCAAGUGUCUUUUUUCUCUUACAGCCCUGGGCCAACCAGUGUGAACUUGUGAUUUUCGUACAUGGAAACUGUGUGGAAGCCCGUCGCGUGUGUGUGCAUGUCUUUGUGUUUGACUCCUCCCCCAUGCCACAUCACUUGACAACAUCAACCAGUGUUGGCUGGUUUGUUUACAUCCCCAUAAUAGUGGUUCAGCAAAGGAGAUUAAUACAAGUACUAAGGUAUUUUCGAUGUUUUUGUUGUUGUUACUAUUAUUAUUAUUAUUAUUAUUAUUAUUAUUAUUCAGGUCACUGCCUGGAAUUGAACUCAGAAUCUUGGAGUUAGUAGCCUGUGCUCUUAACCACUAUGCCAUAUGCCCAUGGCAUAUGGUAAAGAGCGCGGGCUACUAACGCCAAGAUUCCGAGUUUGAUUCCAGGCAGUGACCUGAAUAAUAAUAAUAAUAAUAACAUUGAAAAUACCUUAGGAAUGAGAACCUAGUUUCGAAAUUUCCCCCAAGACACCUGAUGAAAGCUGGAAGGUAUAUCAGCCGAAACGUUGUGUUAACAACAGACAAGAUGAGGACAAAUAUCCGUCAAAUGUAAAUAAUGUCCAUAAUUCUUCAUCUCUUGAAUAUGGAACUGUAAGAAGUUUUCUGUUUUGUGUAGUCUUAGUACCUGGUAAUGGUUUACACAGCCAUACCUGACCAGGUUAAAUCUAUUAACAGCAUCAGUAAUCCUAUUGAAACCAAUUUACUCCAGACUCUUCCUUGCAGUUCUUGUCUCUCUCCUCUCUCUGCCUAUUUUUUACAAUUUCUGCUCUUUCUGAGCUGGUGUCAUAUUACCUCUAUCCAGGCAUUUCAAACUUCUCUCUCCUCCUCUUCUUAUUUCAUAUCGUGUCCAGCCACUCCCCUUGCACAAACUACUACACUUGAUCCUUCUUCCCCACAGCAUUAUCCCACUGGAAUUUUUUUUUCUCUCUGAACAUUGAAUUGUAUGUACUGUCUGAGAAAAAUGGUAAUCUCACCAAUUCUUGUAGUGCCUACAGAAUUCUUGGUCAUAGUUCCUUCAUCAGACCAAAUUUCAAAAGAAACUGGCUGAUUAGGAAUAUUAAAAACACCAAGUUUGAUUCAAGUUACUGAAUUUUUACAUUUCUACCACUGCUUUUUAAAGAAUUGUCUUCAGUUCUUUAAAAAAAAUGGCUUUGUGCUGCUUUUUAUUUAUUAUUUUUUUUGAAAAAAAUUCAUAUAUUUUUAUCAUGUAAUUUAUUGAAUGAAAUUAAAUUUUUGGAAAUUACUGAAAAA